CUGAAUGCUGCACUAGAGGAAGACGGUCAUAGAAAACUACAAUAAUGCAGCAGGACAGUUCAGCUAGCACGGACUGAAAAUUAGCACCGCACAUGUCAAGGUUUUCCACCAUUUGCGGUUUGACUGCUGUGUUUGUUUUGUACUCCCGGACAACUCUCAAAUCCAGCUGAUGCUGCGUCAUGUGAAAAAAGUGCGACUUCGAACGAUUUCAGGAGAUGUGGAGGUGCUAACAGCAGUAAGCUGUGAACUUUCAGAGCUGACUAAAGCUCACCUUAAAUCCAGGAAGGUGGUUCAUUGGUCAGGAGAAAAUGGAGGUUCUCUCCUAACGUUUCGACACCACCAAGGAGAAAAACCUAUCGCCCUUACCUGGCUUUGGCAGUGGUCUUGGGGUCAGCUCAGGUACUGGUCCGUUGUCAUGCGUCUACAGUAGAUCUCCUCCUGCAGUAACAAAAACCACCUGAUGAUGGCGCCUCACCAGGGGAAAAGAGCUGUUAACACUGCUGAGAUGUUAAACAGGAGAAGUAGAGGAAUCAAGGAUGCUGGCACUAUCCUAAGACACAAUAUGAAGGUCCUCAGAACUGUUCUGCUGAAGGUAAAACAGAAGCUAGAAGGUAUUUAUCAAAUCACUUUGAACUCUGAUAAUGUAAACUUACUGUACAUUUCACCCACCCACUGUAUUUUAUAUUGUAGGACAACAGAGAGUUUGGUAAAGUCUGGAGUAAGGCUUCAAAAUCCACAAUAAUGUAUGAGAAUGGAAAAAUCUACUUUGAAAAUUACCAGAAGUGCUACAGCUGGUGAGUUUGAGGAAUCAGCCUUUUAUUGCCAUCAGUCUAUGACACACCUGCAACACGAAACUACUACAAGACAUACUCAACAUUGAAGCAUGAAGUUCUGUGUGAUUGAAACAACAUUGGAAGCAAAGCAAGUGCAGAAGAAAUUCAGGAUGACUGUAUAAAAGGUUCUGAUUCAUACCCACCAUAAGUGAAAAUCUUCUUGUUUCAGUGUUCAUUCACAGGUCCAUCUUCUCUACAACCUGCCCAAGAGGUCCAAAUCAGAGAAAUUUGAAGAUGCCCUGCUGUGUCAGAGCUCACUUGUAAGUAAAUCAAAGUAGAAAAACUUUUUGAUCAAAGCCCACAGUGACAAAUUCAGACUGUAAUUUAAAUUUCCUUUUCAACAGGACAAAACAUUACCCUCCCGCUCUGAUCACAAGCCCAGUCUCUUGACGCUGACGGCCAAUAACUGGCUAUAUCGUCUCUCACCUGAAACUGGAGAAGUACUGCAAAAGAUUUACCUUUCUCCCAGCCAUAAGUUCAGGUGUUGUCUAGCUCUGAGUUCUCUGUUCUUUGAAUUAAUAUUAAUUUUCAGCUUAUUUCAACGCUUUUAACCUGUCUCCAUGUUGUUUUUGCAGGUAUCUUAGCUGGGAUGUUAACCAAGAGACGUUUUAUAUCAAAUCAGUUCAAAACAAAGAAACAUCUCUUGCAAGACAGGUAUUAAUAGUGGCACCUUUUCCUAUUAAAGAAAAUUAGAGCACAAGACUUUUCUGUACUGCACCUAAUAACUUAUGGCUUACAUCAGUGUAAUGUAAAUGUUUACGUAAGUUUGUUGUUCCAGGAGAUUUCAAUGAUCUGAGGAAGAGAAGACAGAAUAAUAUUGUUUUUUAUUCACAGGCAGGUAUAACUCAGAAUGUUGUAUUGCAUCUGGCCAUCUUUUGUGUUUUCCCCUUGGAGAUUGUUGGCAUUUUUGAGAUCAAUAAAAAGGUAUUAAGAUUUGUUUGGAGUUUAUUGAGAUUUUCAAAUCUGUCUCUAAAAAUGUUGCAGUAUUGUUAAAGUGAAGAUGUUAUUCUUUCAGAUAUUUGGAAAUGGUGUUACAGACGUUGUCAUGUCUCAGGGUGUCCUUGUGGUGUCUCAGAGUAACAAGGCAGUGAAGCUGUAUAGCUUUGAGCACAUCCUCAAAAAGGUUUGUGUACAUUUUUGGUCCAUAAAGACUGUCCUGCACCAUGGUGAACAAACUGUACAUUUGAGUUAAAGCUGUUGGAGGCAUAUUCAGGAAAAGGCCCAAAUCUGUUUGAAUGUUCUCUUAUUUUCAUUAUCUUACUGUUAUUGCUCAUUUUCCUCUUGUAUCUCAGUGUGUUAUGAAUAUUUUCUUUGUUUUUAGCAUUUGGAAGAAAAGUUAAUACUUGGAAAACAGAGUGCACUUCUUGGGGGCAAAACAGUGGGAGAAGCUCCAUUUGGUAUCCCAGUCAAUAUCCAGAUCACAGGUGAAUCUGCGAUUUCUCUGUGUUUAAGUUUGUUGUAGGCUUAUUUGAACCACUGUGAGCAGGAGUGUUUUUCCCUCACAAAGAUUUUUCUUAUUUUACAGACACUCCUCAGGUGCUUUUCGAGGUAUCAUGCUCUUCUAAUGGGAUUCAGAUUGGAGGCUACCCAUGGCAUUACAUCUACACACCACCACAUAAAAACCACAAGGGGACUCACCAUAUCUGUUCACUCAAGGAUGGCACUAUGGUUUGAAAACCUCUCUGACCUUACACUAUGGCGUGUAGUUUAUAUUUUUUUAUUAUAUAAAGAUUACAUAUCUGACUGUUUUCCUGUAAAAUAUAAUAUUGCCAAUCUUAUCAUACGGUGGACUCAAUAACCACCCAAAUGGCCAGAGCCUGUUGAAAGUGUCAGAUAAAAAGAGGCCACAGAUGUUUGUGACAGUCUUUAUUUUAAGCUGCUGGACAGAGCAGGAGCAAACCAAACCGACAGUCCAUGUUCAAAACAGCACACAACAAUCCAGGGUUACUUUUGUAACACUUUUUGGUGAAUAUGUUGCACAAGCUACUUAAUUUCCUCAAGAUUUUGUAUCUUUUACGGCACUGUUUACUCAUAUUUGUCGCAACAGACAUCUGUCGGCAACCAAAGCUGCAAAACAAACACAGCAGGGAGAACUUUUAAUUGGACUUGGAAUUGAAUAACGAAACCACAGUUCCUCUUAUCUUUUUUAUUAGUGCUUUUUUCCCACAGCGGUGUGUUUGUGAGCUGUUGAAUGUUCGCAGACUUUGAGGGACACAUGCAGUGAUGUGUCAGAAAGAUAAAUUGAAUUUGGAUGUGCUGUGGGAUAAAAUUUAUGUGCUAAUUUGUUUUACCAGGCAACAAAUGGGAUUCAAAACAUGAACUGCUGCUCUUUAGAGAGUGAUGGGAUCUUUUUCCAUCCUGAUGAUUCAGGAAGAAUCAUCCACAUCGGACCAAUCACCAUAAAGUGAGUUCUUUUGUCCAACCGUCUGUUUCUUACAAAGUGAAGAAAAUGUAAAAGAAAAAGCAGCUACUUAAACGUGGAUCAAGUGAAAGGCAUUAGGGUGACUCACAUUUUGUUGGUUGAAUCUCCUUUUUGUCAUCAUCCAUGGAACAUUAGGAGCAACAUGAUAUAGUGUAAUCUGUACAAAUCAAGUCUCAGAUUGUCCAUCCUUUUUUUUUUAACUUAAAGCCAUUAACUAGCAAUGAAUUAACAAGUUUGAUGUUGAAAAUCUGUUUCUUUUACAUUCUUCAACAACCAUCACAGACUUUUAGUUAGACUUCAAGAAAAGCAGCUGCACGCAAGAGUAGAUCGUUUUAACUCAAUACUUCAGUACUUAAUCCAAUGGAGCAGCAUGUCCAUCUGGAAUAAGAAAUUAAACAGUUUGACACCAGACCUUGAGGAGCAUUAUUUCAAAACACUGAACCCCAAAUAUGUUAUCAGUUAGUGUCUAUCAGAAUCACAUUUUUCCUAGCACACUGAAUUAUUAGAUUUCUGUUGAUGGGUGUAUAAUUUUGUCAAUAUACAACCAUACAAAGAGGUGUUUUCUCCCAAAUAAAUGACCUGUGGAUAAAAAUCGGUUAAAUUGUAAAGUAAAGUAGCAUCAUGCCAAAAUGCUCAUGUUUCUCUGGUUUGAAUGGCAUAGUUUAAGAUGAGAGGGUUGUGAUACCUGGAAAGUAGUUGAGAAAUAUUUUUAGUACAUCAGAGAGCCGAUUCCUUCUUGAAUACUCUGAAAAUUGUGAGGUUGACAGGUAAAACAGGACAAUCUGCCUUGUUGAUGGAGAGACGUGUGUGAUGCCCAACGAUAACUGGAUAGCUGAGGCUUCAUGUAAAAUGGCCAAUCUGCAUCAGCUGAGCAGAUUUUGAGUUGGUAAAGUCCUGGUGAUGUGAAAAGUGGAGAUUAAAGAUGCCAAAACAAUGAAUCCCUGAGACACUCUUCUUGGAAAAUAGGAUUUAAACCUUAAAUCAUGUUUGUUUUUUUAAUUAUUUUUUAUCACCUUCUCACAUAUGUUAACAAUAUCUUGUACUCUGAUUUCAUGAACACAGCGUGAAUCUUUUGUUUCUAAAUCAUGAUAUAAUUACAUCUGGAAAUCUCCCACAAGGUGAUUUUUUUCUUUGCUUUCAGUGUCCUCAAAAUCUUGGGUGAACUCAACAGCGGUUUGCCAUCAGAGGUUCUUUUGGGUUUUUCAAUAAAAACCCAUCGAAACAUCAAUGUAAGUGUUUGAUUUAUCAUCUAGAAAUAUCACUCUUUGUCAUGUAACCACUCAGUGUAUAAUGUGUAUUUUGUGUUUACCACGGCUUUACUUACAAGGUUUUCUGUCUUAAAAUUUAACACAUCUGCUUCUGUCAGCCUACCUCACAGACCGUUGUCACAUCAUCGGGUCGCACAGUGAAGAAAAGAUUUCAUCAGCUGGAUGAUGAUCCAGAGCAAGAGGUGGAACACUGAUUAUUCAAAAAUCACAUCUACAACAAAAAAAACUUCACAUGCUUUUAGUCUGAAAAGUUAAAGACUCACAAACUACGACUGAAUUAUAAAGUUAAACUGAGUAAAUAUAAAUGGAAGUAUAUUUUCUUUGAAAUGAAACACUACAUAGUUUUCAGGUUAUUUCUCUUUGAGUUGCCAAUAGAAAUUCAAAAAGAUCAAAUCUUGUGAUUAAUUGAUCCAAUAAUAUGUAUUUUCUUAAUUGUAGCCUGACAAAUCCAGGUUCAAUUUCUUUUCUUUGGACCUCCAUGUUUGCCACAAAACUCUAAUGAGCAACAGUUAUUGUGGGACCCACAACCUUUUUCAUUCUAUGCCAUGAACAUCAACAUUGAUUUAUUUGGAGAUGGUCCCACAAUCACGACCCCCCUCUCCAAAUAUACCAAAUGCGGAUACUUUACGACUAAGGAUAAAGUCAGUUUUUAUUUUAGUCCAUUUGUGUCACUGCUCUCUUUUGUUGGUUAUCAAGAGAUUUUUUUAAAAAUACAGCUUUCCAGUUACAGAGUAUCUUUAUCUUUAAUAUGUCUUUGUAUUUCUGAAUAUGAUGAGUUUCAUGGGAGCAUCCAUCCUUUAAAGUUAUUCAAAGAGUAUAAAUAUCUAUAGCUAGCAUAAACAUUGCUCUAUAUACCUACAUCCCCUCACGGCUUAUGUGAUAAAGAUUCUAAGUAGUUGUAUUUUCACAGACUUUCCGCACGGUGGAAUAUGAGGAUGAGCUGGACCUUCUGGCUGUAGUGGUAACUAAUGGUGAGGAGGGAGAAGGUAGAGCCAGCAUCCGUCUCCAUGACAACCUGAGUGGGGAGUUACUGCGCACAGUAAAUCUCGAUGAACCAUGGGAUGAAGUGAGUGACUUGACAUGAUUGUUCAAACAUUUAAGUGUAAGUCUGUGAGCACAUUCUCAGGUGUGGUCUUCUCUCUCUUUUUUUUUUUUCAGACUUAUCGACAUGAGCUGUUCUUCGACAAAGACACGAUAGUUCAUACUGAACAAAAGAACGCCAACUUCUGCUGCCAUGUAUACAAACUCAAGGCCACCAGAGAAUAGUGUCUCAAAAGUGACUUAUUUUUGCUGAGAUUGAGUUGUUAUGUUUCCAGUUUUUCGUACUGUAAAACUUUUUACAUCCUCACCAUCUUGGAUUUCUGUCAUUCAAACCACACCUAAUGAAACUUGUACCCAUUUUAAUUAUGAGGCUUUGUGGAGGAAUUUUGUGGGCCAGGUAACAUAACUACAAACCUUUUUCUUUUUUUCUAUUAAGAAUAAAUGUGAUAUAUUUUUUCAAGUUACACUCUUUCCCCCAGUGAGUCCCUCGCCUACCAACAUUUGAAAGUUAUUUGGACAUGUCAAACUGUGCUGACGUAGAUUGGGAUACUCUGGUGUGUUUUUUUUUUUUUUUUUAUUCAGCUGGUGUAAGGCUGCCUUAUUCACUUGAUCUAUCAAACACUAUAGGUAAAGUAUAUCAGAGGGCUUUAGAGCUGAUUUCUCAGCUUCCUGUUGUGUUGAGGUUCAAUUUUAUAGAUGCUUGUCUUCAAAAUUUCACAUAAUUAUGUUUGUUUUACAGAAGAGAUUUGUAUAUCUGAUUAAAUCAAAACCUCAUCCUGAUGAGGUAGUGGCCUAUUUCACAUUGGUGAUUUUCCAACAGUGCUUUACCAUGGACAACAAAUGGCAGCAGUGUCUUUACAAACAAUUGUUGCCCGGAAAUCCCUGACCGAUUAGGGCAAGGUUGCAGUUCACCUCAUUUUAAUUCACAAAUUGAAAAGAAAGAGAUGUCUUCUGCUUAUAUGUGUAAAAAAAAUGUGCAAAGAUUUGACAUUUGGCUGUACAGUUUAAUACUCUGUUACUUUAAAGUCAAAACCUGCCAAAUUCAAGUGUGCUAAAAUUGAAACCCCAAAAAGAAAAAACAGCUGUCACAAUGAAAUGAACAAUAACAGCAAGAAAGAUAUCCAGUAUUAAAUGGAAAUCUGCAAGUAAAACAGGAGUUUUACCCGACAGACAUAAACCCUAUGAUAACAGCUUAUAUCACAACCUCUUGUGAGAAACUUUGAGCAGGUUUUCUGUCCAUUUUGUGUCUUUUCCUGUCUACUUACCAGCUGCACACCUUAAACCAAAACUGUGUGAGUUCUGCUAGAAAUAAAGGCCAUAUUUGA